AACAUCUAAUCAAGUUUGUGCGGCCUUUCUCCCACUGACAAAACAGUGCGAAGGACUUUGCAUUGGCACUCAACGUUAUUAGUGUGGCUGGAUAAUAGAAUAUAGCAGCCAUGCCGGGUAAAGAUCCUAAUAAGCCGAGGGGAAAGACGUCAUCCUACGCGUUCUUCGUCCAGACGUGCCGGGAAGAACACAAGAAGAAAAAACCAGGAACUUCGGUUAACUUCGCAGAGUUCUCCAAGAAAUGCUCAGAGAGGUGGAGGACAAUGUCUGCGAAGGAGAAGGUCAAAUUUGAGGACAUGGCCAAGGGUGACAAGGUCCGUUAUGACAAGGAGAUGAAGGGUUAUGUACCCCCCAAGGGAACCAAGGGAGGAAAGAGAAAGAAGGACCCCAACGCCCCCAAGAGGCCACCAUCCGCGUUCUUCGUGUUCUGCGCGGACCACCGUGCAAAAAUCAAGAGCGAGAACCCUGGGAUUGGCAUCGGAGAUAUUGCCAAGCAGCUGGGUCUGCUGUGGGGCAAGCAGACGCCCAAAGACAAGCAACCGUAUGAGGCCAAGGCUGCCAAGCUGAAGGAGAAGUAUGAGAAGGACAUUGCAGCCUACCGUGCGAAGGGAGGGGCCAGCGCUCCAGCAGCCAAGAAGAGUGGGCCUGGCAGGCCAGCUGGUGGCAAGAAGGCGGAGCCCAUGGAUGACGACGACGAGGAUGAUGACGAGGAAGAGGAUGACGAGGAGGAAGACGAGGAGGAUGACGAUGAGGAUGACGACUAAACUGCCUGGAAACUUGAGAGCUCGAGUAUUUGUGUAACAAUGUGAACCUUCCAAUGCAAUGUAACAUUAUAGCAUUUUGGAUAUUUUCAGAGGAUGUACAGUGAUGUGCACAGGCUGCAGUAAUACACGCCAAGGUCAUAUUGUGCUGUUUGUAAGUUAAAGGCUACAUUUUCUCAAAGCACUGCUUUUUUUUGUUUGGAUAGUGGUGGUAUGUUUUCCCCCAUCCCUAUACUGAUUGUUUCCACUGAUUUUUAAGAAAUACAAGGAACAAUUUGUAGAAGUUUGCAACCCAUUUUUAAUGUGGAACUAUAAAACUGUUUCCGUGUAGAACGAUUUUUUUUUUUAUAAUAAAAUUUUGUAUAUUAUGAUUAA